AUUUAGAGGAACCUGUAUGGAGCGAUAAGUUGCCUUUGAGUUGUGGUGGGGGGUGGACGUAUCGCUCCCGCCUCCGUGCCUCCUGUGACCGCCCUAGGGACCUGCAGGGCUGUGGAGGGGUGGAUGCGGUCGGGGAGGAGGUAGCCGUGGGCGUGGGGGCGUGCAGAGGGCGUGGAGAAGGCGUGGGCUGCAGGGAGGCGGUGGAGCAGUGGAAGGCUUUGAAAAUUUGCAGUAUAGACGGUGUUAGAGUGGCGAGGAUGAGGUGGGUGGGAGGGUGGGCGUGGCGAGUGGGCGGGGCUCUGGGCAUCAUCUGGCUGGUGGGUGUGGCUCUGCUUGCGCCCCCCGGCCCCCUCUCGUCCUCCAGCGACCCGCACCUCUCCCAGCGCCUCCACCGGGCCGUGCAGGAGCUGGACAGCCUCAAGAAGCAGAACGAUGACAUUAGACAAGUGCUGCAGGAUUUUACAUUACAGGUGAAGUCGCUGAGCAAUGACGGGGUGGUGGCGGCGGACACAGCGAAGGCCAACAGCAACCCGGCUGUGGUAGCGGAACUGCAGCAGAAGCUCGAACACGCCCAGAGGAUGCUGCAACAAGCGGAUGUCACGGCGGAGCGCAAGUCAGGGUCCUCAGACUUCACACCUUCCCUGGACUUUGAGCUGACGCGGCGGCAGGUGGAGCGUGGCGUGCAGGAGCUGUGGUGGUACAUGACGGACCAAAUGCACCAGCUACGGAAGAAGGUGGAGGCCUACAGUGACGUGACGGCGCAGAUCGACCAGAUGCUUGAGGAGGGCCAGGACCACGUCAGAGUGGCGCAGUUCGACAUGCAGCGGCUGAGUAAAUUAGAUGGCCUUGGCACUUGGCGGGAACAGGAGGCAGCCGACCUUAGCAACCUCAUCCAGAAGCGGCUACACGCCCUCCAGAACCCCCCGGACUGCUCCAAGGCCAAGAAGCUCGUGUGCAAUCUGAACAAGGGCUGCGGUUAUGGGUGUCAGAUCCACCACGUUGUCUACUGCUUCGUUGUGGCGUACGGCACCAAGCGCACCCUCAUUCUCAAGUCCAAGGGCUGGCGGUACAACAAGGCGGGCUGGGAGGAUGUGUUUCAACCCCUCAGCGACUCCUGUACCACCCCAUCAGGUGUCACGCACUCACACUGGCCGGGCACGAACGACACACAGGUGCUGGACUUGCCCAUCAUCGACACACUCUCCCAGCGGCCCCCAUACCUGCCCCUGGCCAUCCCUCGGGACCUCUCGGAGCGGCUGAUGAGGCUGCACGGGGACCCGGCGGCCUGGUGGGUGGGGCAGUUCCUGAAGUACCUCUUGAAGCCGCAACCCAAGACUCAGGAGAUGCUGGACAACCUGGCAGACACGUUAGGAUUCCAGAAGCCGAUUGUGGGGAUACACGUGCGGCGGACAGACAAGGUGGGCACAGAGGCGGCCUUCCACUCCAUCGAUGAGUACAUGAUGCACGUGGAGCGAUAUUACUCCAUACUCAAGCUCACCCAGCCGGAGGUCACCAAGAGGGUCUACCUGGCCUCAGACGACCCCACCGUCAUCACCGAGGCGCAGAAGAAGUUCCCGGACUACACCUUCAUCGGGGACUCCAACAUCGCGCGCACGGCAGCGGUGGCCACGCGCUACACCGACGCGUCACUCAAGGGCAUCAUCGCUGACGUCCACUUCCUCUCCCUCACCGAUUACCUGGUCUGCACAUUCUCCUCACAGGUGUGUCGCAUCGCCUACGAGAUCAUGCAGACGUACAACCCUGACGCUUCCAGUUACUUCCGCUCCCUCGACGACAUUUACUACUAUGGGGGACAGAACGCCCACAACCAGAAGGCGCGGUUCCCCCACAACCCACGCAAUUUGCCUUCCCACAGGUCGGAGGAGUUGGCGCUCCUUCCCGGGGACAUCGUGGGCAUCGCCGGGAACCACUGGGACGGCUACUCGAAGGGCGUGAACCGAAGGACGCGGCAGAACGGCCUCUACCCCUCCUACAAGAUGGAGGAGGUGGUGGACAUCGCCGAGUUCCCGUCCUAUACAGAGAACCAGAAAGAUGGGGCUACGUAAGAGUGCGUUUGCGUGUGUGUGUGUGUGGGUGCGUGUGUGGGUGCGUGUGUGUGUGUAUAGGGUAUGUCUCCCAAUUUGUACUCACUGUUCCAAUUAGCACUCAUAUUAGGGAGAAAAUAAUACUUGUGAAAAUUGUGAGUCUUGAUAUGGACAGAAAAUGAAGUCAAGAUGAAAUGAAUUAGAAGUGGGUAUCAGUCUUUGUUUCGAUAGUUACUUUUCAUUUCAAUUCCUCAGUUUUAUUUUGUUUUGGACAGGAAAGAUGAACAGGGAAAUAGAUGUUGUAGUAGUUUGAAUAAAAGACCUUAGCCAUGGGGACUUGAAUAGUUUGAUAAAAAAAAGGCCUUACUGACAGAGAGUUGGAUAUAGUUUGAAAAAAGCUGGCCAUACCGACAGGGAAUUGGAUAUAUGUAGUUUUCGAAAACGGUCAUACAGGGAAUUGGAUAGUUUGAAAAUAAAGGGGAAUGGGUAGUUUCCAAAAUAGACCUUACUCACAGUGAAUGAAAUGGGAAGUUCAAAAAGAUAAAUAGCAUACACAACAUGGAUAGGAUAGUAUAGGAUAGGAUAUAUGGAUAGGAUAGGAACAUGAAGUGGAUAGUUUAAAAAAAAAGCUCCACUCACAAGAAAAUGGAUAGUUAAAUAAGAUAAUUGGCAUACACAACAUGGAUAGGAUAGUAUAGGAUAGGAUAUAUGGAUAGGAUUGGAACAUGAAAUGGAUAGUUUAAAAAAAAAGCUCCACUCACAAGAAAAUGGAUAGUUAAAUAAGAUAAUUGGCACACACAACAUGGAUAGGAUAGUAUAGGAUAGGAUAGGAACAUGAAGUGGAUAGUUUAAAAAAAAAAGCUCCACUUGUAAGAAAAUGGGCACUUGAAAAAUAAUGGCAUACUCAACAAAUUUAAAAUCCCCCACCUCCCCCUUUGCAACAGUGUGUACAGCUUGGCAUACGUUCCCUAGGUGUGUGUGUGCGUGUGUGUGUGUGUGUGUGCGUGGUCCCGUGUCUCGUGUAUAGAUAGAUAUAUUUUUCGUUACUCGUUCCGUUGUGAUAUUUUUUCUCGCGUCCGUUCAUUCAUUCACUCGUUUUUAUGUUCGUUUUUUUCCUUCUAUUGUUUUCCUUUUUUUCUCGUUUUUUUUCCUUUUUUUUUCAUGUUUUAUUCGGUGUUUGCUAUUGAGGGGUAUGUGAGUGAUUGUUAUUGAAAGCUGUGAUGUAAAAUGUUUAUAUGGAAUAAGAAAUGCAUAUCUACUACUACUACUACUACUACUACUACUACUACUACUACUACUACUACUACUACUACUACUACUACUACUACUUUUAUCCCAUAUAGACAUUUUACAAAGCAAGUACAACAAUACUCCUCAAUAAAUAUAAUUAAUUACAAAACAUUAAAAAAAAGUCACCAAUUAGAUUCACUAGCUAAUGAAAUUCUGCGUAACUUCUCGCAUUUGGUUGAUUAUUUUUUCUUUUCUUUACGUUUCUCCGACAAACAAUUAAUCCUUAUGAAAAAAUUACAACACUCUUUUCAUGCAUAUAAUUCCUCAGUCAUCUUCAAGUGCUGACGUUCUUGCCAGAAGUCAUACAAUGUGGGUAGUAUAUAUAAUGUACAGAGAUACACUUGAUCAUUACUUAAUAUUUUUCUAUUUUUUGUUUUUUUAUUAUUAUCAUUAUUAUUAUUGUUAUCGUAAAGUAUUGAGUGGCCAAAAGGAAGAGUUGUCUGUCACUCACUCAGGGUAGACACAGUGGCAGAUUAGAGUAAGAGGAGGAGGAGGAGGAGGAGGAGGAGGAAGAAGAAGUAGGAGAAGAAGGAGGAGGAGUAAUGGAGUUGUUCUAUCCAUGGAGUUUCAUACGCGUGCUCGGAAACCUCAUUCAGUCGGAUUAAAAUAAAUAGUGUGGGAUAUUUAUAAAGGAAGGAGAAAUGGGUGCUAUAGACCAUGUGUGUGUUCGUGCAGCUGUUUUGUUUAUGUUGAUUCUGUGCCGAGAUAUUUGUUGGUUAAUGUUUCAUCUCUUCAUAAGUCAGUUGUUGAUAUUUACCGAGGUGUGAGAAAUAUACAGACUCAUUGGUUGGCAUUCUCAAACACUUCCGCCUCUCACAUGACCUAUUUCCAAAGCCCAGAGAGGAGGUCAGUCAGGUUUUAAUGAGUGUUUAUCAAGGUUCAUGGUACAGAAGAUGGGUCAAACUACCACCAGGAUCAUAAAACUACCCUUGAAAAUGACCCCAAAACUCCUGUGAAAGCCUUGUUAAAUAUGAGUCAGGUUCUAAUGAGUUGUCAAGGUUCAUGGUACAGAAGAUGGGUCAAACUACCACCAGGAUCAUAAAACUACCCUUGAAAAUGACCCCAAAACUCCUGUGAAAGCCUCGUCAAAUAUGAGUCAGGUUCUAAUGAGUUGUCAAGGUUCAUGGUACAGAGGAAGGGUCACUACCACCACCAGGAUCAUAAAACUACCCUUGAAAAUGCCCCCAAAACUCCUACUAUGCAAGCCUUGUCAAAUAUGUGUGGUUGGGCGCUGAAAUUAUUAAGAAAAUGAUCCAUACUCACUGUUUCUUAAAAUCGCUGUAGUAGUUUGUUCAUUUGCAGUAGGAUAUAUUAGUACCAUUUGUGACUGUUUUGAAGUGUCUGGUUUUAGUAAUGCAUUGAAGUUGGUUGUGUUUGCUAUAGAUGAGUUUGUUCCAUUAGGCAGCAAAGACAGAUUAUGGUUGGUAUUUCAAGUUUGUCUAAUGGUAGGAGUGGAGGUUCCCAAGUGGUCAUAUGUUAACUUUAUUCUUGUGUGCAUGUAUGUGUGUGUGUGUGAAGGUUUACCGUUACGACCAACUCUCUGCAGUAUCCCCUUCUGAAUGAGGUUUCCUGUUCCAGGUUUCAAGGUAGACUUAGGUAGAUUCAUAUUUACCGAUAUCAAUCACUAUUACGUUCUCCCUCGGAACUCCAUAGAUAGGGACGUACUAGUGUUGUUCUUUUCACUAUACAAAAUUCAUACUAGACUUUAGCACCAAAUGUCUUUAUUGUCACAAGGAACUUAUGUGAUACUAUGUGUUUUGAUGUUUGGAAAGUCUGUUUAAAAUAUGUGAGUAUACGUAUAUAUUCACAGUAUAUCAAGCCAUAAUUAGGAUAACAUUUUGUACAAUUGUCUUCUUUAAAUACAAUUGCAUAUCCGAUUACACUUCCCCCCCAAGCCUAGAGGUCAUUGCCAGCUUAACCUUAAUAUUUGACCUAUAAUAUCCAGUCCCCUUUGAACGUAAUGAACCAAUUUUUGACUGUCGAGUGUCCGGAGAGGCAGUGUAUAAAGAGCUGUGUAAAUAUGUAUAUACGAAACAGUUACUCCGUGUCCCCUCCACUCACAUGUCAAGGGCCUCCUCCAUCAUGUUACCCUGCGCCUGUCACCCAUAUCGCUGCCCCCCAUCCCCCAGCCAUCCCCUACCACCACAGCAUCUUAGGUUUCCACAUACCCAAAUCCCGGUUAGUUGUAUAUCGCCAGUUAUCUGUGACUUCGUAUUUUUAAACAUAUCGACCCCUCACUUGCCUGUUUGGAAAGCUAAAUGAAAAGAAGAAGAGGAAGAAGAAGGAGAAGUCAGGCCACAGAUGAAGUCACAAAACUCUAUUCCAGUCUCCGUUUCCAGUGCUCUCUCUUGGGUGAUUCUGUUUGUUGUAUCUCUCUGUCAUUUACUCAACUUGUGAUCUAUACUGAUUUACACCUCCGAAAGGGGUCGUCAAAAGAGGAAGAGUGAUUAUACAUGUAAGAAAAUGUUAAUUCCUUCUGUAUAUGCUUCGUAAGGUUGAAUAUGCAAUAAUUAUGCAUCCGAGAAAACGUAAAUUCGCUUUGUAAAUGUUCGGUUACUCAGUUCGUAAUUCAUAAGAAAGCUGAUUUGAUUCCUGUGUGACCUUACGGAUCAUCUAAUGGGCAGAAAAUGUUAAUUCCUUCUUUAUAUGCUUCGUAAGGGUGAAUAUGCAUACGAGAAAACGUUAAUUCGCUUCGUAAAUGUUCGGUUACUCAGUUCGUAAUUCCUAAGAAACCCGAUUUGAUUCCUGUGUGACAUUAUGGAUCAUCUAUUGGGCAUAAUUUUAUAGGUGUUUGAUGUUAAUACUAUACCUACCACUACACUGCUAUACCUAUCACUAUUAUACCUGUCAUUAAACCUUUCGUCACUACCAAUCGCUCUCAUUUCAUCCAUGUUUCUAGUGUCGGAGGAUUUAUAAUUUGUGAAGAAGUUGUUGUCAUCCAUCGGGGGACUCGGGUGAGGUUGUCGUGGGUGAGUUCGUUCAAGUCAUGGCUAUAAAAAUCGUACUGGACAUUCCUAUUCCUGUUUUGUAUCAUGAAGACCAAAUGCUGUACGUACGUAAAAAUAUGCACUACUCGAUGAAAUAAUAAUAAUAAUAAAUAAAAGAAAGUUGAUGAUG